GGUAUAGGCAGGGCAGGCUGGCCGCCUCAGGUAAUGUGAUACACGGGAGCCGCGCCGCACCAACGCCCACUCUCCCCACUGCUCCCUGGCUCCUAGGAACCGCCGGCCGCCCGCCCGCCCUCUCCACCGACUCCCAGCUCAGAGAAUUCACGUCUCACAACGAACCCGGUUGUGGAUUUGUGAACGGAGUUCUUUGGUGGCAAAAAAAAAACCCAAGAUAAGUAAAACGCGAAGGACGUUUUCGAUCUUGCUUUCACAAGCAAAAGGCGCCGCGGCAGGAUGUUGAAAGGAUCAGAACACUGUUUUUCAAAUCCAGACUACAGCUCAGCGCACGAAGCGACUAUCUCUUGGGAUAUAAAUGACCCAAAAUUACCUCAGGAUGUGCGUCAAUUAGACAGUUUCCAGGAAUGGACGGAUUCCUACGUGAAGUUCAUUUAUUGCGUGGACGAUAAGAAUGCGCAGAGGCAUCAGAGUGGAUGGGCGAUGAGGAACACCAACAAUCACAACUGUCACAUCCUGAAGAAAUCCUGCCUUGGAGUCAUGGUUUGCACCAACGACUGCUCACUGCCCGAUGGAAAAAAGAUCUAUCAGAGACCCGCCAUAUGUGACAAGGCACGACAGAAGCAGCAAAAGAAGUGCUGUCCACACUGCGGGGCUGCCUUGAGCCUGCUACCGUGUCGAGGGCACGGGGGUUACCCCGUCACCAACUUCUGGAGACAUGAAGAAAAAUGCAUCUUUUUUCAGGCUAAGGGCAUGCAUGAUCAUCCUAGACCAGAGACAAAGACAGAAGCUGAAGCAAGGAGGUCCAUCAACAAAAAGAGACCAUAUACUGAAAAUGGAUGUUAUAAAGACAAAAGGGAACUGCAGUCAUUAACAGGGAUAACUGAAUGUGAAGGAGCUCAAGCAACAUUUACCUCCAACAACAGAAGCAUUUUCUCCAGUCUCUAUGUCAAUAGAAACCUGGAAGAUUGUUUUGCACUGGAGAACGUUCCCAACAAUCAGUGCCUGUCGUACACCAAUGGGCAUGAUUUUGGAAAGUCGACCUACCUUUACGAUCCUUGUGAAAUGGAUAUUAGCAGGUUUUACAGCAGGUGUGCACAAUAUAGCGGAGGGUGCCAAUAUCCUGGGAAUUACAGUAGCCCCGGAACAAACUGCAGUACAAAUUAUGAGUGCGGAGAGUAUCCCAAUUGGAAUAAAAUUCCUUUAGGGAAGACUGCUUACAGCAAUUCUUUUAUCAGAUAUUCUCAAGGUCCGUCAGAGACUGGCAACGAAGCUGCUAGCCCCAAAAACCUACGCGAUCCAGCACUGCACACACAAUCUGCAGCAAGCAACGUGAACAAAAUGGUCUACCAAACCUCAAAGCCCAAUCUGGAUGAAUACGGAGAUUAUGUAUAUGACACGAUGUUCCUGCAAAAUCAGAGCACCUACAUACCUGCAGCCAUGUACCCUGUGUAGGGGUCUACCACCAAAAA